GAAAAACAUUGCAAAUACAGCCACGGUACAUAAUAUUUUCAGAGAAAAUGAUAUUGUAAAAAGAUCUCAGGAAGGUUAUCUGUAAAAAUUCAAAGCUGUAUUAUACUAAAGCUGAUGAGAUGCUCUGAAAUUCUGAUUUUAAGAGUGGGCAAUUUGAACUUCAAAUGUCAAAAUUAUGUAUGUUAUUUUGACAGGAUUGUUGAAGAAGGCUAAAAACAGGAUGCCAGUUUUAAAAGGCAAUAUUACAGGAGCGCAGCCUGAAACGAAGGCAACAAGAACACAGCACUUUCACGGCUGGUUUAAAAUAGGAGCGUAAGUGGAAUCAUAAAUUAAGGGAAAAUCACUUAAAAAAAAUUCUACUGGAUACUAUCAGUGUAGUCAAACAGGCAUGUUGCAUUUUGGAGGCAGUGACACCUCUGGGAAAACGUGAAUAUAGAAAAGUUAACCAACUCAAAUCAAAUCCUGGACUAUUUUGUUGAGUAUGCAUGCCUUGCAAUAAAUUUGAGUCAGCACCAACGACAGCUCUGCAGUCCUGCGAUGUAGUGCUGAUCAGGUGGUUGCAGAGACCCAGCUAGCAGCAAUACGAUGCAGCUGAAGAGGCAAGCACAAUUCACAGGCAGCAACUGUAGCUACUCUCUAGAACAAGACGACCUUUAAAGCUUACAUCUUUUAGAGAAACGAUGCACUGAUCUUGCGGGAGGGUCCUUAUUUCGGCAACCAUGGAAUACCAGAUAUUGAAAACAUCGCCCUGUCUGCUGGUCCUUCUGCUUUUCAUACCCAUGGUUCUGGGCAUCUGUCCUUCUAACUGUACAUGCUCAGGAAACAACAGAAAUGUAGACUGUUCAGGCAGAAACUUCACUACACUGCCACAUGGACUUCAAGACAACAUUACAUACUUAAAUCUGUCCUUUAACCAGUUUGUUGAUCUUGAUCAUCAGCUGACCCGGUUCACCAAUUUGAGGACCCUCGAUAUUUCAAAUAAUUGGCUGAAGAACAUUCCUGCUCAUCUGCCCAAGUCGCUAUGGGAAAUAUACGCUACAAAUAAUUUUAUAAAAGUUCUUCAGAAACUGGAUACCGCUUACCAGUGGAAUCUUAAAGUGCUCGAUGUUUCCAGGAACAUGGUGGAAAGAGCAGUUCUGAUCAACAAUACACUGAGCAGCCUCAAGUGUCUCAACCUCAGCCGUAACAAGCUUUGGACAGUUCCAACCAACAUGCCCCACAACAUAGAAAUGGUGGAUCUAUCGAACAACUUCUUGACCCAAAUACUCCCGGGAACGCUGGUGAGGCUGCUACACCUUACAAAACUUUACUUGCACAACAACAAGUUCACGUAUAUUCCUGACAAGGCUUUCGACCGGCUCUCUCAACUGCAAGUUGUAACGCUUUAUAACAACCCAUGGUCCUGCGACGAUCAGCAAAAUAUCCCUUAUUUGCUGAUGUGGGUGAAGGAAACACCUGCUGCCGUGAUAGGGGCUCCAUGCCCUAACCAAACGGUGACCUGGAAGAACGCAACUCCACUUCCAGCUGCACCCACGACUCCAGGUAUGAACCUCAUGGUUAAAGGAAUGAAGGCAGCGGACACAACUGGCUCUUCGCUGGCAACUGAACCAACCAAAGAGAUAAAAAUGCAUAAACAAUUUCGAGCUAAGGAAGUUACACUAAGUGCUACCUUAAGCCAAACUGUAUUAUUUACCAGCACAGAUAGGCCCUUACUUCUUUAUCCAGAAGAAGUGACUGCUGGGAAAGUUAGUUCUCACGAAGCGGCGGCCACACAUACAAUCUACAUUCAAGAUUCAACGGAUGUGAACUCAAGCUUGGCUAGCUCGACGGGAUCAUCCACUACUCCCAUGACCCUGAGUAUUACCAGCGGGAUGCCAACAAACUACUCUAAAAUGCCUCAACAAAGCACAACCAUUACCUUAAAGAAAGAAGAAACAACAACAAAUAUUUUUAAUACUCGUGUGCCCUCGGCAGCAAGCGUUUGUCAAAUGUAUUCAUUCUAUAUUGUAAUGCUUAAUGCAGUGGCAGUGCUGAUUGGCUAAUGGCUUGCAUUCUUGUGAAACAAAUUUAUUCCUACGAUAAAUAGUUGGAGCAAAACCACCCACCACCUAACAAUGACUUAAAUACAGGAAACUCAGUUUUGAAAUUCUUAUUCUGAUCCAAAAAAUAACCACUCAAAACUAAAAAUGCACAAUUUAUGUCUUGAUACUAAGCUGCUACUUAUUUUAAUAUGUCUUAUACCAAGUAAAACUAACCUAUGAAAUGAUUUUGUUUUUAUGAAAUGUGCUUAUUUUAUAUUUCAAUGUUUAAUUUUCCUUGCACAAGAAUAAAACAUCAGAAUUUUAUGUACUGAUUUUAGGUAUGGUUUUUGUCAUUAAACAUCUGGAAAAAAAAUAGAAGGCCUGUAUCAUAUCUGCAUUGUCUUGCUUGAUUUGCCAAUCAAGAAUUCUUGUAAAAUAGCAGUAAUGGUCCUUUGUAAGUUAAGAUGACAUGCAAAAGGAAGGGAAAAUAAAGAAAAUAAAACUAA